CGAUGACGUCUCACUAAGAUUUUUCUAGCAACUGAUUCUUAAUAUUGGAAACCUCUCAAAGCAUUGAAAGCAAAGCCUAGACAAUGGUUCAUGCUCUUUUACAAACAGCUCCACUUCUCCUCGAGUGUUCUCCUCAUGUCUCUUCCUGUAGGGGAAAGCCUGGGAAAAUAGUGAUGAAGUGCUGUGCAGAGCAAUCUAUGAGCAACAAGCCAGUGACCAAACAUGUAUUAUCUGGGUUUGCCGCAUCUUUAGUACUUCUCUCUCAAAUAAACCAGGCUGUUGCAUCAGAAGUUUACUUUCAAAGAAAUACUUAUGAGCUUGCAAAUGCUGCUGAGAAGACAGUGACUCUUCCUCUUGAUAAGGAUUCUGAUGAAGGAGCUGGGAGGCUAAUGAUGAUGAGAGGCAUGACAGCAAACAAUUUUGACCCCAUUAGAUAUUCUGGUAGGUGGUAUGAAGUUGCUUCACUUAAACGUGGAUUUGCUGGGAAAGGUCAGGAAGACUGUCAUUGCACCCAGGUAAAUGGAAAUGGUAUGUCUAGUUGUGAACUGAGAAAUGUGAUGUUGAAAUCUUGUUUUUGGAAAUAAUUUUGAUAUGCAGAGGAAUUUACAUUCUCCUGUUUUUUGUACCGGACAUGACUGCAGUUCCAAUUCGUUCAACUCACCUAUGAGUAGACCUUCAAGUUGCGAGAAUCUCUUUCUUAUC